AUGUCAGCAUUUAUGAGCAAGUUGGCUUGUUUUUAUACAUGUUUAGUCAACCAGGUUUUGUUCAUAAUUGUGAGGAAAGAUUUCAACAUUCAGGUGAAACAAUAUCUAGACAUUUCCAUAAUGUCUUAGAAGCUGUGUGUAUGUUUGCAAAGGAUAUAAUUAAGCCUGUUGAUCCAUCAUUUAGGGAUACUCCUGAUGAGAUUCUAAAAGAUGCUAGAUAUCGCCCUUACUUUAGGGAUUGUAUUGGUGCAAUAGAUGGUACUCAUAUACGAGUUUGUGUUCCCUCUCAUCUACAAGGAGUCUAUAUUGGUCGGAAAGGCUACACUACUACUAAUGUCAUGGCUGUUUGUGAUUUUAGCAUGUGUUUCACUUUUGUUUGGGCAGGUUGGGAAGGUUCUGAACAUGAUACUAAGAUAUUUAUGGAGGCUUUACGUAAGCCUGCAUUGCAUUUUCCACAUCCUCCUCAAGGUAAAUAUUAUCUUGUUGAUUCUGGUUACCCUACUUUUAUGAGUUUUCUAGGACCGUACAUGAAAACUAGGUAUCAUCUCCCGCAAUUUAGAAUUGGGCCUAGAAUCAGGGGAAGAGUUGAAGUUUUUAAUUAUUAUCAUUUCAGUCUUCAAAGUACAAUUGAACGUGCAUUUGGUUUAUGUAAAACAAGAUGGAAGAUAUUGGGUAAUAUGCCACCUUUUGCUUUGAAGACACAAAACCAAAUCAUUGUUGCUUGCAUGGCUAUACAUAACUUCAUUCAAAGAAAUGACAAGAGUGAUGGAGAAUUUGAUUCGCUAGAUGAAGAUAUAGAUAGUGAUGAGGAUGAAAGUGAAGUUGGUCCUAGUAUUACAACAUGGGAAGAACCGGAUGCUCAAAGUACUCUACAAAUGGAACGAUUUAGAGAAUCUUUGAAGAAUAUGUUUCCAACACGUAUUUAAUUUCUUUAUUUUUUAAUACUACAAGGUUGCAUGUUUAUGGUAUGGGUACAUUUGAACAAUUUUAUAUUGAAAGACAUUAUUGAUCGUAUUAUCACCAAGUUAAUGAUAUUUUAU